UCUGUUUACCUGGACUUCAUAGCAGGAGUUCUUUCUUGUCAAAGGGUACACAGGGUUUUUGAUAUUUUACGCUUUCACUGAAUAGUUGAGAAAGCAGCAAUGAAAGGAUCUAAAAAUGAAACCAUGCACAAUGAGGUUCAAGACCAAGCCAAGGCAGAUAGCAUGGGUUCCGAACGGGGUGACAAUGAUGCUUUAUCUCCAGUUUCUGGAAAUGCACUUCAGUCACCUGUCACUACAAGCACUUGGGCACAGCAUGGAAGGGAUAAGAACUUGCUGCUCUGUGAUGAAAGCAACCUUUCACAGGUGUGUGAUUCUAGCAAAGAAGAGGCAAAUUCAGCUCAGGUGCCUUUAGGAAAACACAAUGAUACUCUUGUCUACACUUCUACAGAACAAAGCCCGAAGUCUUUACAGUACAGCAUCAAUAACGUUGGACUGGAGGCCAGCCUGAGUGAACUAUUUCCUCUACCAGUUGGGAUCAGCAAUGUUUAUAUCAAUAUUGUUGGCAUGACUUGCCAGUCAUGUGUGCAGUCAAUAGAGGGACACAUUUCUAAACAGAAUGGCAUUGUUAGUAUUAGGGUGUCUCUCAAACACAAUACUGCUCUGGUGCAGUAUGAACCAACGAUAAUCACCGCUCAACAGAUAUGUGAGGCAAUUGAUGACAUGGGCUUUGAAGCAUUUCUCUCUAAUCAAGAUCCACCUCUGCUUGAGAAGAAAGUUCAUUUACCCAUUGAAGCAAUGGUGAAAAUCAAGGUGGAAGGUAUGACUUGCCAUUCUUGUGUAAGCUCAAUUGAAAACAAAAUCCGAAAGCUGCGUGGUGUGAAUCGAGUUACAGUCUCCCUUAACAACCAAGAAGCAGUUAUAAUUUACCAGCCUCAGGUGAUUCAACCCGAAGAGCUUCAAAACCAAAUUAAUGACGCGGGUUUUCAAGCCACGAUCAAGAGCAGGACCCGCUCUCUGAAACGAGGUGUGAACAGCUCACAAGAUGGUAAACAAAAUAAACCAGUGAAAUCAAAGAAGGCAGCAUCACGUUCUGCCAGGAACCCCAUGACAGUAACUUUCUGCAUAGAGGGGAUGCAUUGCAAGUCCUGUGUCUGUAACAUUGAAGGAAAUGUCAGCGAGCUCCCAGGAGUGCAAAGUAUCACAGUGUCUUUGGAGGAAAAAAAAGCUAUUGCAAAGUAUGAUCCUCUCUUGACUAAUCCAGCAUCAUUAAAAUCAGCUAUAGAGGCUUUACCACCAGGAAAAUUUAAAGUAUAUCUUCCAAAUGGAAUGGAAAUGAGAAGUGAGACUUCUUUAUCAAUUCCACUGACACCAUUAAUACAUGAGCCAAAUGGUAGUAUUCAAAAACACUUUCAAACUUCCACCAUCACAACUGCCUUCAACAUUGGAGGAAUAGCUCAUAAUUUUUCCAUCCAGUCUAUAGAGAGUGAGAUCUCCAAGAGAAAAGGGGUGAAAUCAAUUGAAGUUUCAGCAGCUGAACAGCAAGCAACAAUCCACUUUGACCCAGCAUUAACAAACUCAGAGGAACUGAAAACUGCCAUAAAUGAGAUGGGGUUUAUUGCCUCUGUGUCUGAAUCUUCAAGUCAUUCCAAUACAACAAACAAUGAACAGUCUGCUGAAAGGAAGGAUCAAGCUUUGCCAUCUAAAGAGUAUGUCCUUGAGUUUCUGCUGCCCAGGACCAGGUCCAGUAGCCAAAAUAAUGAAGACCCUGUGGCAACAGAGAAAUGUUUCCUACAGAUUACUGGUAUGACUUGUGCUUCUUGUGUUGCCAAUAUUGAAAGAAAUCUUCAAAAAAAAGAAGGUAUACAUUCCAUUCUGGUAGCACUAAUGGCAGGAAAAGCAGAAGUGAAAUAUAACCCGGAUAUCAUCCAACCUACUGCCAUUGCAGAAUUAAUCAAAGAUUUAGGUUUUGGUGCUACCGUGAUAGAAGACACAUCUUCAGCUGGAAAGCUAGAACUCAAUGUUACAGGAAUGACUUGUGCUUCUUGUGUUCACAAUAUUGAAUCAAACUUAUCAAGAGUUGAUGGCAUUUUGUAUGUGUCAGUAGUCCUUGCCACCAGCAAAGCCUACAUCCAGCUGGAUCCAGAACUAUUGGGCCCACGUGAUGUCAUCAGGAUAAUUCAGGGACUUGGCUUUGGAGCAUCUGUGGUCAAAAGAGAUACAGCAGUAAAUAAUCUGGACCAUAAAGAGGAAAUAAGACAGUGGAGGAAGUCCUUCUCGUUUAGCCUUGUUUUUGGCAUCCCUGUCUUUGGCCUAAUGAUAUACAUGAUAGUGAUGGACAAGCACAGUGGCUCCAUGCCUCCAGAACAAAACAUUAUUCCGGGUUUAUCGCUUCUUAAUCUGGUUUUCUUUAUUCUGUGUACUCCUGUUCAGUUUAUUGGAGGAUGGUACUUCUACGUACAAGCCUACAAGUCUCUUAAGCAUAAAUCUGCCAAUAUGGAUGUGCUCAUCGUUCUGGCUACUACUGUUGCAUAUCUGUACUCCUGUGUAAUACUGAUUGUGGCCAUCGCUGAAAGGGCAGAACAGAGUCCAGUGACUUUCUUUGAUACUCCACCAAUGCUGUUUGUCUUCAUUGCCUUGGGGAGAUGGCUGGAGCAUGUAGCAAAGAGUAAGACUUCAGAAGCUCUUGCCAAGCUGCUAUCCCUUCAAGCUACGGAGGCAACAGUGAUAACUCUGGGACCAGACAAUUCAAUACUGGGCGAGGAGCAGGUAGCUGUGGAACUGGUCCAAAGAGGUGAUGUUAUAAAGGUUGUCCCUGGUGGCAAGUUUCCUGUGGAUGGAAAAGUAGUGGAAGGUUCCUCAAUGGCAGAUGAAUCUCUCAUUACAGGUGAACCCAUGCCAGUUCUCAAAAGAGCAGGAAGUGUAGUGAUUGCUGGUUCCAUUAAUGCACAGGGGACUUUGCUGAUUCAAGCUACCCAUGUGGGUUCAGAUACAACCUUGUCACAGAUUGUUAAACUAGUGGAGGAAGCACAGACAUCAAAGGCACCAAUUCAGCAACUUGCAGAUAAACUGAGUGGAUAUUUUAUUCCUUUUAUUGUUAUCAUCUCUGUGGUUACUCUCAUCACUUGGAUCAUCAUUGGUUUUGUUAACUUCGACACCAUGAAAACACAUUUGUCGGGCUACAAUAAGAAUAUUUCUAAAGCUGAGCUGAUCGUCAGAUUUGCAUUUCAGACCUCCAUUACAGUUUUGUCUAUUGCAUGUCCAUGUUCGCUGGGACUGGCGACACCAACAGCUGUGAUGGUGGGUACAGGAGUGGGGGCUCUAAAUGGCAUUCUCAUCAAGGGUGGAGAACCACUGGAGAUGGCACACAAGAUAAAAGUGGUGAUGUUUGACAAGACUGGUACAAUUACACAUGGUGUUCCAAAGGUAAUGAGGGUUCUCGUACUGAGAGAUCUAGCUGAACUGCCACUGAAGAAACUGAUUGCAGUUGUUGGCACUGCAGAAGCCAGCAGUGAACAUCCUCUUGGAAAUGCCAUCACUAAAUAUUGUAAAGAAGUGAAGAUAAUACCAGAACUCAGCUUUCAAAAAAACCAAAAAAAAACAAAAGUCUUCUCCCACUCCAUCUUCCUACCACCACCAAUCUCUGUUCCUGCCUUUCCACCCUCAGUUCUACCAGGAAGUGAACUUGGGACAGAUGUGCUUGGGUACUGUACAGACUUUCAGUCUGUUCCAGGCUGUGGCAUUAGCUGCAAAGUUACCAAUAUUGAAACAGUGUUGAUGGAAAGUGAACGAACUCUCAACAAACAAGGGGAAGAAAGCACACAUUUAGUGCAGUUUAAUGACUCACCUGCCACACCGUUCUCACAGAUUACUGAAGGAGAAGGUGCAGUGGCUUCCCAGGUCUAUUCUGUGUCAAUUGGAAACCGGGAGUGGAUGAUGCGUAAUGGAUUACAUGUUGGAAUUGACGUUGAUGAGGCUAUGAUUAAUCAUGAAACAAAAGGACAGACUGCAGUGCUGGUAGCAAUCGAUGGUACACUCUGUGGGAUGAUUGCGAUUGCAGAUACUGUCAAACCCGAAGCAGCCCUGGUUGUGUGCACCUUGCAAAGUAUGGGAGUGAAUGUGGUGCUCCUAACAGGGGACAACUGCAAAACGGCAGCAGCAAUUGCCAGCCAGGUUGGCAUCAAGAAGGUGUUUGCAGAAGUUCUUCCCUCACAUAAAGUAGCCAAAGUUCAGGAGCUUCAGGAUCGGGGUAAAGUAGUUGCAAUGGUUGGAGAUGGGGUGAAUGAUUCACCUGCCUUGGCUAAAGCUGAUGUGGGAAUCGCCAUUGGAACAGGCACGGACGUGGCAAUUGAAGCAGCGGAUGUUGUACUUAUUAGGAAUGACCUCCUGGAUGUUGUGGCUAGUAUCGAUUUAUCAAAAAAGACAGUUCGUCGAAUUAGAAUAAAUUUUAUAUUUGCCUUAAUUUAUAACCUGGUAGGAAUUCCUAUUGCUGCUGGUGUGUUUUUGCCUUUGGGCCUAGUUUUACAGCCAUGGAUGGGUUCUGCUGCAAUGGCUGCUUCCUCUGUUUCUGUGGUCGUUUCUUCAUUAUUGUUAAAACUCUACAAGAAGCCAAAUACAGAAGAACUUGAAUCUCAAGCACAAGGCCACAUGAAGCAGUUUACACCGUCACAAAUUAGUAUUCAUAUAGGAAUGGACAACAGGCAUCCAGACUCUCUGAGGCUCAGGGCCUGGGAACGAUUAAGACGUGUCAGUCGAUUAUCAUUACCAUCUGAUAAGCGAUCAAAUCAGGGUGGAUCUGCUCAUGAAGAACACGAAGAAUGCUCUUUGCUGGUUAGAGAACAAAAUGAAGAGCAUUCCAUCUAAAGAUUUAUGAAGGUUAUGAAUUGAAGAAAUAAAUUUACAAAACCCGUAGUCCAUUCAACCAGGACCUCAUUAAAGGGUCAACAGUAGCUAAAUUGCCCAUCAUGUAUACCCUUAUUUGAUGUUUUCCAUGCAUUUAUACCAAGCUGUUUUAUUGACCUUCAUGUGCUUUAAACUAAAUUGUGUAAGAACAUUUUUUUAAGGUUUAAGUUUGUGAAAAAGACAUUUUGUACUUAAUUAAUGCUACUUAGUCUUUUAAAGUCAGUAGUGCAUAAAACCUCAACAAAGCCUAACAAUUUUGUUAUUUUAGACUUCACACCAUGUACAAUACUGAACAAACAGAAUUCCAUUAAAUGUUAGCUGGUAUAAAUAUCAAUAUCUUUAACGACUACCCUCUUUUAUUUUUAAAACUGCCAAUAACAAUGCUUAUACCUCCCUAUUGUUUUAAGUCACCAGAUGAAAAAUAAUUUGCAUAAACAGUUUAAAUUAGUAUAAACCCAGAGCACACGCAAAAUGCUGGAGGAACUUAACUGCUGAGUUCCUUUGGCAUUUUGUGUGCUGUAAUUGAUUAGCUUCCUGUUUUUAAAACUAAGUUAAAUCUUUUAUUCACCAUUCCUCAUUUCCGAACAAAAUCUGGGAACCAUACAGUUGAGAAAAACAUCUGAUGAGUUCUUUACUGACUGAAUUGUGCUUGCUAAUGGUUGGUACCUGGGCUGAACAAAGGUGAAGUUACCAAGUUCAGAAAUGUACUCAGCAUCCACUGACAAAAGCAUCUUAAAGCAUCCUCACUCCUAGAUUCAAUUAUCCUUGACUUGAAUCCACAACAAAUUAUUUAGUUCAUCCUCACCUUCAUCUCGGACAGACAUGUAAUCAUAAAGGCCAUGGCCCAAGUGAAGAACAAGGUCUUAUGGUAGUGGUGGCAAAAUCUUUCUGAGAGCAUGUGCACAAAUUGGCGAUAUUCUUCUAAAAAUUUCUCUUGCAGGCUAUGCUAAUUUUGAGCAGAGAUUAUGAUUAAUUAAUGAAUUAGUAAAUAAUUAUGGAUGUUCUAAGGAAAAAAGAUGAGGUCUAUUUACGUUUUGCGCUGUACUUUUAAAAAAAACUCCUUCAUGUGCUUUCACAAGUAGGUAGUCAUUUCAGAUCUGUUUAAAACUUCCUUGUUGCCACUGUU